GUGCCCACAACGGCGCAGCCACGGGUCGCGCUCCCCUCGCAACCAACAUCAACCACCGCCCGCCAAACUCGUGUACAAAACUCACGGCGCUCGGCAGAUUCACAAGCCAACUGACUACAUUCUUGAUCAUUAACAUCGCGUUAUUGUCGUCGUCGUUGUUGUUGUUGUUUCACGUAUCUCCACGCCGUCUCCGUUAAUGAUACCGUUAUGUGAAGGCCUAGGAGGACGGAGCGAAGCCUACGCCCUUGCCUGGAUCCCUCGGCCGGGUCGAGCGCUCCCUGCUCCCCGUGAUCGCGUUGGGUGGGGGGGGGUCACCAGCGGCAAGUUACGCAUUUUAUUUUAUUUCUUUUUUGUGUUUGCGCGCAGUGGUUAUUUAUUUUAACGCGGUAUUUAUUAACGAUGUUGGUGUUUUACGUUGCUCUGGCAAGUUGAACGUGUGCCUUUAGGAAGUCUGGCUUUUGUAAGAAUGUUAAGUGCUGCAUAGGUAACGUAGUGUAUAGUAUAUGAUAGAUCAAUGCUAUUGUUGUAGUGCAAAGUCUCGCAUAGACGAAUAUUAAUUUUAAUAACGUCUGGCUCUGGUCAUGAUUUUAAUAUAAAGUGAUAACGGCCGUGGAUAUUAAGUCGGCAUUGCGUGAGCUCAAUACGACCUCGCUCACAACUAAUUAUAAAGAACCGAUUUAAGAUGUUUUAAAGCCCGAUAAUAAACAACGUUAAUUCGCACGAACUGUUGCAACAAUUACUGAUCCUGAGCAGAAUCAUAAAGAGGGUCUUAAACGACACGCCGAUUAACUACAAGAUUUUAAAUCGACUCGGGACAUUUGACGGAACGAGUGAAUCCAUUCUGAGAUUAUAGCCACUCGGCAAUUCUCAUUGUUUCUAAGUAAUAAAUUGUCAAAAAUAAAAAAAUCGAUCAAGCCGGUCUGUUAAGAGAGCCUCCUACAUAUCCUUAGGGGGUAUUUCGAUGUCCAAACGGGUUUCAGACGGAAGCACGGUGUGGAUUUAAACGAUUCCAAGCAUCUUUAUUUACUACCACCUACCCAUUCGUGAUAACCGUGCCAACACGUAACUUAAGAUUGCCCCCCAAAAAAACCCAGACACGUCAGGGCAUUGAUUGGGGCAGAUAAAGCCGUGUAGUCAGUUUCAUAGCGAUUUGCUCCUGGGCUUUUAUAAGUUAUUUUCCGAAAACGUGAUGGAUGAACUGACGGACAGAUACAAUAUUUACUGGGUAUAGCAAUAUGUAGUCUUAUCAGCUUUUCCUUUAUACGCUCCGGGGCAAGUGCAGAAUCACAAGUUGUCAAAACAUUAUUCGAGAACACAGAAAGAUCAGACCACAUUUCCAUCACCUCAAUCGCUUCAUAGGUAGUCCUCAAUUGAAUCGGCAACCAAGUGCACGAUCCUUCUCUACCCGAUCACUUCAGUAAUUGAUUACUCGGACGAUUAUUAUUUAGAUCAAUCGACUAAUCGGACAACACAAAUAUUUGGGAGGGGAAAAAAAGUGGCAUCUCUCUGCGCACGUGUGCCGCUGGACGGGAGGCAAUGGACGGGGCUUGGUGACAUCACCAUCAGCUGCAUCACUCUGGGCGUGGCUUGUAAGUGGGGUUUCCCACCUUCGGAAGGGCAGUCUGUGGGGGUGACCUCCAUUUUUAAAGGUUGCCCGAGUGAUCGACCACGCACAAAGUACGUGCUCGAUUAUCAUUUUUAAAUCCUUUAUAUUAAGUUCACUUGCUUGCGCGCUUACGACCGUGCAAAUCUUUCGGUCGUUUUUUAACCCACUUCCCAUGAUCCAAUCGAGCUGACAUUUUGCACACAGACUCGUUGUGCGUGACAAUUUCUUUUCGUGAAUUUUUUUUCUCCAAAAUUAUACACUUUUUAGGUACAAAAAAAUAUAUAUAUUUAAUUACCAAUUGCUUAAUGGUGGCAGGCAAUCAUUUGACCCAUAUGUGGCAGCCAUCUCAAGCCAGAGGACUAGAGGACUCUAACCGCCCGUUUCAAAGACCAAUGUGGGCUGGGUUGUGGCACAUUGAACACGCAUAUAAAGGAUUUAUAGUGAAAAACUUUGUUUUUAUGGGUUAAUUUUUUAAUCGCGUAAUCGCCUUCAUCGUCACACCGCCCCAGCUAUAAUCUCCCGCCCUGCUUGCCACGAAAGGGACACCUCCACCGACCCGCCUUUCCAGGCGCUUCACGUAACGGAACCACCGUCAUGGGCUUACACGGCAGCUCGCUGAGAUGGUUUGGCACCAAACGUUCAGAAGGCGAUCUGGACGGCAAGGUGUCCGCGUGGUGCAAGCGCUCCCCCAGCUACGACCACAACUGGACAGACCUGCACUACGCAGCCAGCCGGGGUGACCUCCACAAGCUCAACAUCCUCCUGCACUCAACAGACACCGACUCGUGCGACCGCAAAGACUUCUACGGGAAAACGCCGCUGUACUGGGCGGCGUACAAGGGUCACAGGGCGUGCAUGGAGCAGCUCAUCGGCCACGGCGCGGACGUCAACAGCCAGUGCAAGCACGGCAGCACCCCACUGCACACGGUCAUUGGCCUCUACCCGGACUGCGCCAUCCUUCUUAUACAGCACGGUGCGGACGUGAACCAGUCGGACAAGUGGGGGGUCACCCCGAUGUACCUGGCGGCAUGCAACGGCCAUCUGGACGGGCUGCGGCUGCUGGUGCACGCUGGCGCCGUCAUGGCCUACAGGAACAAGGUAACUACGCUCUGUUGGGUGGCAUCGUUAGGGGCAUGGCCUACAGGAACAAGGUAACUACAGCCUGUUGGGUGGCAUCGUUAGGGGCAUGACCGAGCUGUGACGCGUUAGCCCCUUGCGGCAUACGUUUGCGGUUCGAGACCCAACGCGGCCGGAUGUUUGAGAUCCCGUGCGUGACGUUAUCGGAAAGAGAGUGCCGUUGUCAGGUUUGUAAAAUGGGGGCGGCAGUCAUCGAUCGGCCUCCACUGUGAAGCUACUGCAGACUGAAACGUAAUAAUCAAAACUUGACACAUUCGCCAACAAUAUAAUCUCAAUUUCGAUUUAAAGCUUUCGUGACUGCAGGGAUCCAUACUGGUUGGUUCUUUCGGUAAAGUCA